GGUCGUUGUAGGCUCCUUAACAGCCGCUUCUGCUUCUUAGCUGAACUAAACUGUACUGAACUGAAUUCAUCUGUCAUUCAAUUUAAUGCGCUUUUUUAUUCAAAUUUAAUGCUUAAUCAAUCUUCUUUCAAUUGCUAUUUUCAAAUUAAUCGAACAUUCGAAACUACUCAAAAAUCAAUUUACAUAAUCGCAAAUGAAAUUUUCUCAACUCAUAACUGCAUUUACUAUUGCACUACGACUCUGAACUCGACGAAAUGAUAAACGUUAAACGCUUUCGCACCUAUGACCUAAAAAAUUAUUGGAAAAUGACUGCAAAAUAAUACCGCUAACUUGUGACAAAUGAAGUCGAAACCACAUAGACCUCAACUUAAGCAACAACGAUCUUGAUAUCGAUAAUUUAGUUGAAGCAAACGAUUUGAGUAAUAUUGACUGGGAAGUGUAUGGAGUGUUGAACAGAGACUUGGGCAGCGAACAGAUGGCGCAUAAACGCGUCAAACGGGACUUGAGUUAUCAAAACAAUGACAACACCAAAAUCGUAUACAACAUCGGUGAGAUUUUAAAGACUGAUAAAAACCCAAAGACAUUAGGCGAACCACGCGCACUGGAGUAUAAUACUGGCGAAAUUUUAAAGACUGAGGCACACCAAAGGACGCUAGAAAGACCAAAGAUCGUUGCAUACCUAAACGCUGACGAAAAACAACUGGAAACAUUGAAGGGUAUGAGACCACUUGAGCAUCUUGACGAAGUCAAAUACGCGCAAUCCAAAGUAGACAACAAACCCGAACAAGACUUUCCGCACAACGAAGACGCGGCUGUCGAAAACUCAAGUGCCGAGCAGGCACAAACAGUUUUGGAAUCUGAAGAAAAUAUGCAAGACUCUGUGAUGGAAAUUGUAACGAAGAUCUUGGAAGAACUAAGAGGCAGCGCAGAGCCUAUCGAGAAAAAUGGUGCCGAACAGGAAUUGAUGCAAGCAAAUGGUACGUCCGCUGAGGCCGCCACCAGCAGCAAACUCAUUAAUGAGGUCAACACUCACGACGACACCAAUGCAACCACUGUAGGUCAAAUACCUGACUCAGCUGCAGAUCCUAUUUUGGAGACGCUUAACAAUAUUGCUGCGCUACUCGAUAUGGACUACGAUACCGAUGCAAAUGACACGACAGCCGCGCAAUCGCGCCAACGUGGCACACGCCAAUUGCGUCAAUAUUUCAACGGACGUGCGCGCUAUGAAAUACAAAAUGUGCCCGGCACACAUUAUCGCUCCCUUGAUGCUGGGCCCUAUCAACAGCAACAAUCGAGUUAUAGCUUUGGCCAAUACAAUCCAUAUUUAUCGCCACCAACAACCUCGGCCAACUACAACCAACUGAGUCCGGGGUAUCAAGUGUUUCCCCAGCAGCAGCAGCAGCAGCGUCUGCAGUCAUUUGGUGGCCAUAAGCAGAAAUUCAACUAUAUGGCAGCAUUGAAUCCGCCACCGCCACCGCCUCCACAAGCAUUGAUUGAAGAUGACUUCCGCCCUAUGGCGGCGAAUUAUUAUCGCACCACCACCACGCUGCGACCCUCAACUUCACCCAAGCGUCCGAAUCUCUUUAAUAAUCCCGAAUUGAUACCUUACAUUUUGCAGUCACUGCGCGAGUACCAGGAGCAGCGCAAGAAGUUGCAGCGAGAGAACUACCAAUACUUUCACUUAGAGAAUCAGUCAACAGCGGUUGCAGAUGGUAACGGUGGAGCGUUGCAAACUACCACGGUGCCACAAACGUCAUACUACCAGACAACCAAGACGCCAUUUAAGAGCACAUCCAACUCCCAUUUCGCUCAGUUCAGCACAAUGGGUGGCUUCUACAACAACCAGCCCAGUAGUCAGCAGCAAGCGGAGUUAAAUGAUUACAAGUCCACCGCAAAGUAUCCCUCCAAACUGGUCUCGCAAUAUAGCAUAGUUGACAAUUAUAUACCCACUACGACUGAGGGAAACUAUUUCAAGUACAAUGUUUUGGCCAACCAAAAAAAUAAGAGCUACUACAGCACAAGUAAGCCCUCAAUUCACGAAAGCGUUUUCCAAUCGGGUCCAACCGUAACCAGAUACACGACAACGCCACCACCCACGUCGAAUAUUGACAUAGUCUCAGCACCCAACUUAACACCUUUCUACCCCACAACGACAACUAAACUGCCAAAAUACAAUGCAUUCUCGAGGUAUCCUCCCGAAAUGCUUACCUUCGCAAACAAUUCAGCACAAAUGCCGGAAUCCUAUCAGGUUUUCAGCAAGGUGCAUACCACAACUAUCUCACCGCAGUUGAAGCCUUCCAGACCCAACAGCUCAACACUUAGCAGCACGCACACACCUCAGUCCUCCCGUAAGCCCGCUUUGACUUUGCAAUUCAACAUGCCCGAGUUCGUUGCAAGUCUGCAAUCGUCCGAUUUGACUAAUAUGAAUCCGCAAGUGGUGAAUAUGAUCAAAUAUUUUAAGCAGCUAAAUACGCCACACGCAGGACGUAAGCCAGUCGGCACGAGUGUCAAAACAAAUCAGGGCACUAAUCCCGUGGAACAGUACGAAGAGCAAAUCGAAGCUACAACCGAGCAGAACCGGCAGCGACCAACGGUGGCGCCAACGAAGCGUCCGGUGAAGGGUUACGAAGACUUUCUCAAGAGCAUACCGAAUCAAGCGCACAGAUUCAAUGCACACAGCAUACAACAGGGUAAACCAUUUACAAGCACCACCAGCACGGCGGUACCCGAUUACUAUGAUGAAUACGAAGAAGAAGAGGAGCCGCUAGGUACCGACACCGAUGAUGAUAUAAUGCCACCCUCGCAAAUGCCACCUUAUAUGCCUAUGUCGGAGACCAUGGCACCACCACGGUCACAAUUUAUGCCACCUACACCCACGACAGUGGUCAGCAACCAGCCCGCGAAAUCCAAUUUCCAGACGGGCUUCUUUGAGGCGACCACCACACGUGGCCCGUUUGCUAACGUGCAAUUCCAACAAUUCUAUCAAACACCAACGAACAAUCAGGGUACGAAGCAAAAUAAUCAGAUACCCUCGUUCAUAAACUUCCCCAGCGACAUAUUCCAAGAGAUCAAGCAACGUCUGCCACCAAAACCGCAAUUGGGUUCGACUGCACCGACUUUGACAAACAAUUUGAACAAUAUACGCAUGACGACCGUUAGGACGACAACGACGCACACACCACAUACAACAACAACAACUCCCGCGACAACCAGCACAAUGGCAGAAACAACAGCAACAACGCAGCGCAUGCGCUACACGGUGCGUCCGAAUCGCCACCGCGGUCAGAGUAAGUGGCAAACCAGCGGCGGCAGCAACAAAGAGCUGAACAACGUUGUGCAGGGUAGCAACAGCAACAAUAACGGCAGCAAAAGCAACAAAACUGAUUUUGGUACGCAAAGUUUUCGUAAGCGGCCCGCAGCCACGCCGGCGUCCUCAGCAUUGGGUUCGCUGCAAUUGAACGUUAACAUGCACUUGGACGCCGCCGACAAUGGACAAAGGUAUACUUGAAGAGAAUCAACAACAAAAUGUAUGAGUAUACAUAUAAACACAAUUUUGCUGCGGUUGAGAAAUGUGCGCUUGUUGCGUGCGCAAUUAUGUUGUUGUGUCCUUGAAGCCACAGCAACGCUAGACAGGUUGACAAACAAAUUCAUAGCCACUACAGUGGCAAAGGUCGCAUUUGAGCAUUUGAGGGCGAAGAGUGCAACAAAUAUGUAUGAAUGUGACAAACCGGCAAGCUAAACACUAAGACUCCAGCGGGGAGUCUGCCUGUUUGGCACUGCAAGGCUCAUAAAUUGUUGCUACUUUCCCCAGUAUCGCUCCCAGCGACAAAGCAAGACAUACGCGCACACUCAACCAACACUCUACCGAAUGUAAAUCUGUAAAUAACUGUUUAUACAUAUUUGUACCUACAUACUUACUUACUCAAUUACUUGCGGUGCAACGUACGGUGUCGCCCAAACAAUGAACGUUUUACCUACAUACAUACUUUACUACAUUUUACUACUAAAUGUCACUAAUACCUACCAAAUGUACAUACAAACGGUUUUACGGUGCUCUUGUAACAGUACAAUUUUUAAAAGAGUAAAAAGAAAAAGAGUCUCGAAAAAUCCAAACCGUUCAACUUGACUAAAUUUGGACCCAAACGUAAAAAUUCCAUACCGACUCUGUUCUCACCUCAGUGCCUGCACUCAUCCUUUCCCCUUUGCUGUAAAUCUUUCAAAUCUCUCUAUUACCUAUACUCGUAUAUACUCACUUUGCAUGCUCCACAAAUAGGUAUAAAUAUAUGCGCCCGCCUCCUCUCUCUCUCUCACAAGCACCGACACACACUCACACCAUCUCUCAUACUCCGUUCAUCGAUUAACCCAGCUGUGCAGCUCUCCACUUGUUCUUAGUCGUUAUUUUAUAGCUAAUCCGAAAAUAAUCGAUUUCUUUUCGUUCUCAUAUUCUCUUUUGUAAAUAUACUUACAUAUAUACUUACUUAUACUAUAUAUUAUGCCAUCCUCAUUGGUCUACUUACACAACAAAAACUACUCAAUUAUUACAUAACAUCGUUUUGUAUUUGUAAAUAUUUAUAUAUUAAUAAUAAACCGCUAAUUCAUCAAUCUACAAAACAAAAACAAACACAAAUUCACGGUGUACAAUCAACAAUCAAUCAAAACAAAACAAACUAAAAAAAAAAUCAACAAAAAAAAACAAAAAUAUGCAUCACACUCA